AUGAAUUAGAAACAGGAGAAGAAAAUUGAUAAUAUCACUCUCUAAUGUAAUAAUAGGUCUGAAAUUAGAACUCAGAAGCAUGGUGGAAGACGGUGCUGGAGAAUCAUUGGCGGCUAGUUUGAAUUUGGAUUAAGAAGAUCUUAUAAGUAAAAAUGCUGAUUGAGUUUGUAUAGUUUGGCCAUUGGAGUAGGUACAAAGAAACUUCAAAGAGUUUAUGAGAUAGACCUCAUAGAUAGAAAUUGAAAUGGACAAUGCAAAAGAAAGAAUAGACUUUCCGGCUGACAUGGAAUGGCCAACUGAAGAUGAUUUGGAAUAAAUGUUUCAAAAAUCCAUGAGCAAGUAAUUGUCAUAUUAAUAAUAUUGCAGAAUCCAAGGUCGUCAAAAUAAAAAGAAAUGGAAAGAUAAUGAGAAACAAUUUUUAACUUGGAUUAUAAUCAGAUACUGUCUAUGGAAAACCAAAGUCUGCAAAGAGCUGGUAAUUCUUCAUUUCAUUUUAGAAUGAUUAAGAUUGGAGAUACAUUGCUUAAUUGAUAGUUGGCAGAAAUGCAACUCAAUGUAAAUAUAAGUGGUUGGCUCGAUCGAAAUUUAAGCUCGUUUAAGUCCCUUGGAGUAAAGAAGAAGAUGAGGCCUUGGCAUAAAUUUAUAUGGAAUAUCAAAAACAAGGUAAACAUAGUAAGUGGAGUGAAAUUGCUAAAGAAAUUGCCCUAAGAUGCAAAACUUAAAUUGUGAGGCAAGGCAAAUAGUGCAGAGAGAGAUGGAUUAAUAAGUUGGAUCCACAAAUAUCGAAGUAAAUGAUAAUCCAAAUCUUUUAGGGGACCAUGGACCAAGGAGGAGGAAUUGACUUUGUUGUAAUUGAUUUUAAAGAAAGGCAAAAAGUGGUCGGAGAUUUCAAAAAUUAUGAAAAACACACGAACUGAGAAUUCCUUAAAAAAUAGAUAUCAUACUAUUAUGAAAAAAGAAAGAAAUAAACAACCAGAAGUCAAAGAAGAAAUCCAAUAAGAAAUUGUAGAUCUGUUAUAACAACAUAAUCAUAACUAUUAGGCUGACAAUUUAGUUCAUUUAUAUGAAGAUAUCGAUCCAAAAGAGUUAAAAAUCAUUCUUCAAGUUAUUGAUAAAUUAAGUGAGAGUACUGGCAAAUAAAUUAGAGUAAGUACAUUAAUUACUGAUUAAUAAAUGCAGUAAGAAUAAUUGUAUGAAAAAUAAUAAAAAGUCAAGUAAGAAAGUCAAAUCGAUUAAAUUCAACAAAAAAAUGAAGAAGCAAACAAUAAAUAAAGAUUUCUUGAUACUAUGGAGAAAAUCAAAAUUGAUCUCGAUCAAUAAAUUAAGAAACUGGUCAAUAAAUAGGAAUUGGAUUAGAAUUGCACUAUAAAUUUACUUAAACAAAUCCUUAAGCCAUAAGGUAUCAAUCAUUAUUCAUUUAUGUAGAGACCGAAACCAAUUAAUUACAAUUUGAUUAAUAUUACGAUUCGAUGAUCCUCAAUUUCUAAGCAAAUUAAGUGGAAUUUGAAGUUGAAGCCAUUACAAACCUUACAGCUCAGGAUGUUGAAGAUUGCUAAUUUGGCAUUGUAGAUUUUGAGCAGUCCAACAUCUUUAUGAUUCCUUAAUAGUAUUUGUAAGAAGUCAUAAAUAAAGUUCAUGGUUCUUCAACCUAGGCUCAAGUAUAACAGCAAUAAUAAUUGUUGCAACAUUAAUAAUAAUAAUAGUAACAAUAAUAACAAUAGUAACAAUUAUAAUAAUCAUAAUAAUAAUAAUAACAAUAACAAUAGGUGUAAUAAUCACAAAUUCAACAAUAAUAAUAACAAUAAAGAUUAACUAUUUCAUCAUCGCUAAGGCAAUCAAUACCUUAAUCGUAACAAGCUCAACCUCUUUAAACAUCUUAGCUGUUUUUAGGAGAUCAAUUCAAUCUUGCCAAUAGCCAGUAUGAUUUUGAAAAUCAAUAAUAAUACUAAUAACAAAUUCCCGUUUAAAUUCUCUAUCCGUAGAUCAUUUAUUAACCUAUUGGCUAGUCAAUAAAUUUAUCAUAAGGACUAUAGUAAAAUUACUGGAUGCAGCAAUCUUAUUUUUAGCCUUAAUAUUACAUGAAGGCAUAAGAUUAGUAAUUUAACAAAUCGAAUCUAGAAGAACCUAAAUGA